AUACUGAUUUGUCAUUUUCAAAUUCUUGAAUCUUAGAAAGCCAACGAUUUCAUUAAAAUUUAUAUCAGAUUACUGUUUUCGAUAUUUAUACUUUUAUACGUCACCAAUUAAAGAAAAAUGCAAAAGAAUCGUCCAGUAUUGGUUUCCUGUAAACCUCUUAGAACAGAAUUGAACCGAUUUAAAAAAAUACAUAUUACUUGUGAUGACAGUUUUACACUUGGUAGAGGCUUACACAAUACACUAGUUAUACCUUCUUUAGUUAUAUCUAGAAGUCAUUGUAAAUUCAGAAAAGAAAAUUGUGGUUGGUUAAUAGAAGAUAACAGUGCCUGUGGAAUUGAAGUGAAUGGUGUUAAAGUGGGAAAAGGAAAUUCUAAAAACCUUUUAAAUGAUGAUAUUAUUAGGUUGGAUGCACUUCAGGAGUUUGUGUAUAAAUUUAUCUGGCCUCAAAACCACAUUGCAUUAAAGCGGAUCAAAUUGGAGAUAGAUGAAAAUUCAAGUAUUCUUGAUGAUGUUAAAAUAAAAUUUGAAGAAUCUCAAAACAUUGAAAUGCAGCAUAUAGAAGAUAAAAUACAAAAGCAAAAACAACUACAAGUUGCAAACAAAUUGUUACAAGAUCAACUAUAUGCAAAAAGGAAUAUAAAGGUUGAAGAACUUGAAAGAAGCUUUGGGUUGCAAAUAGAAAAUUUAAAAGGUGAGAAAAAGGAAGUAGAGAUGCAGAAAAUAUUGUUGACUAAAGAACGAGAUGCUCAGAUAUCAUCUCUAAAAAAAGAAAUGGAUACUAAGAUUAAUGAAUUAAUGGAUCAAAUUAAGAAGCACAAUAAAACAGAGACAGAGCUUGCUAUUGAAAAUAAUUCUCUUAAAACAAAAUUACUAAAAGAAAGAGAAGAAUUCCUGGCAGAACUUAAUAAAGAAAAUACUUCUAAGCACGAACUACUUGAUAGACUACAUCAAAAAAUAAAGGAGCAAGAAGAACAGCGUCUAAAGGAGAAACGGGAAUUAGAGAAGGAGUUUAAAAUUGAAACAGAGAAAUUAAGAUUCGCCAAGGACCAAGAAAUGCUUGCAUUGGUAGAACUAAACAAACAAAGAGAAUUGGAGUUACUAGAAGAGCAUAACAAGAUCAAGCAGAGUCUUGAAAAGGAAAUAAGUGAUAUGAAAAAGAAAUCAAAAAAAGCAGAAAUACAAUUGUUACAUAAUGAAGAGAAUGUGUCUCAGGCCCCAUCAGCACAAAUGAAAGUUGUUGGAAUGGAAAUAGAACAUCAAGAAAUGAAGAAUAGAGUGAGUGUCGAAAACCAACCUAUGGCUGGUCCAUCGCAUGAAUCGUCAAAGCCUUUAGCGCAAAUCGGAAAAAUGAUGGAAACCGAGCUGCAGUGCAGUAUCUGUGCCGAAAUAUUUAUUUGUCCCAUGAUGCUUAGCUGCGGCCAUACAUUUUGCAAAUAUUGUAUUAACUUAUGGAAGAAAAAUAAGAAAGACUGUCCAAUCUGCAGGACACCAAUAAAAUAUGAAUCUAGAUCUAUCGUAGUGGACUCAUUUCUAGAAAAAAUUCUUCCUAAUCUUUCUCAAGAAAUGAAAAAGAAACGCGAAGAAUCAUUAAAAAUCAGAGAAGAAGAGGAGACUUUACGUUCGCCGGGAGCCGGUGGGCAAAAUAUCCGAGGAGGAACGUCCGAAAGCGAAAGUGAAUCGCAAUGGGACGAAAGCGAAGGGCAAAUCUCGAGUAGCGAGGGGGACGCGACGGAUGUCUUCGAGGAUUACUGUGUCUUCGGGUCUUCCAUACUCGAUCAGUAUUACUCAUCCGCAAGCGAUUCCGACGGUGGAUCUGACUUCAAUUCCGAUCCCGACACCGAUGAUGAUGUUACCGCAGGAAGUAAUAGUUGUGGAAGACGAAGGCAACACGUCCCGGGCACCCCGGGCUCAUACUAUGGCGGCUACGGACGGUGCUACCGAUGCGGCGCCACGGGUCACUGGGCACCUGGAUGUCCCGACCGGCUCUAAUAUUCAAUUUUAAAAUCUGAAAGAUUUUAUCUUGCAGAUUAAGCUAUAAACUUUCCUUUACGGCCUAGCAAGGUAAAAUUGAAAGUCAAGAUCGAUGUUACAAUAUACCGGGGAAGGUAGAGCCAAGAACGUAUAUCAGACUGAUAUCGCCGCUUUUUCAAUCUUAAUCUACAAUGCUCUACAUUACAUUUAAGUAUUACUAUAAUAUAUAAAUUAAUGUUUACCAAUACCCUCGGUCUUGAAAUGUAUAGAGUUAUAAAGCAUUACACCAAUAAGUUCCUUACACGAAAUAAAUAACUAGGAUACUAUCUAUUUAACCUUACAAAAUGAGCAGUUUUUGCCUUAUCGCGAUUAUAUAGAUACACCGGGGACUUCAUUAGAGAUUUAGACUAAAACCACUGUCGGCGACGCUUUUACGCCCGGCUGUUCAUUUUGUCAGGUACAAAUUAUGUAAAUGUAUAAAAUACAUACUCGUCAUAUUGUUUUGAUAUCGCAUUAUCUUAAUUUAAAGUUCAUCUUUAUGUAAAAUUGUAUUAAAAUUGUUUAGUUUUAA